AUGGAUCCUUCACAGAUCACGGUCCCUCCUCUGAAGGACCUCACGAUUGAUAAUAUCACUGAGAAUACCAUUCUAAUCAACUCGCAAUGUCCUGAUGCCCGCAUGAAGUUUGUUAUGGACCGACUUGUUACCCAUCUACAUGAUUUUGCCCGCGAGACCAGACUAAGCACCCAGGAGUGGAUGACCGGCUUGCUCUUCUUGACGGAGGUGGGCAAGAUGUGCACUGAUGUCCGACAGGAAUUCAUCCUUCUCUCCGACGUCCUCGGUCUCUCUCUGCUCAUCGAUGCCAUUGACCACCCCAAACCCCCCGGCUCCACCGAAGGCACCGUCCUCGGCCCCUUCCACACGCACGACGCCGAACACCUGGACUCUGGCGACCAGCUCUCCCACGACCCCGAGGGCGAGCCUCUUCUCGUCACCUGCACCGUCACGGACACCUCAGGCAAUCCGAUCGAGGGCGUCAAGGUCGACAUCUGGGAGACCGAUUCGACGGGCCACUAUGACGUGCAGCACCCCAAUCGCACCAAGCCGGAUGGUCGAGGUGUGCUGCAUAGCGAUGCCCAGGGUGCUUUCUGGUUUAAAGCUAUCAAACCCGUCCCGUAUCCAAUUCCACAUGACGGACCGGUGGGGAAAAUGCUGACGCUGCUGAAACGCCAUCCCUAUCGACCGGCACACAUGCAUUUCAUGUUUGAAAAGCCAGGGUUCGACCAUCUGAUAUCCUCCCUCUUCCUCCGUGGUGACCCGUUUGAAAGCUCCGAUGCUGUUUUUGGAGUCAAAUCAUCCCUCGUCGUGGACACCACCACCGUUACAGACCCUGAAAUGGCUGCUAAAUACGGUGUUCCCCUUGAAACUGCCCUGAUCACACAUGAUUUUGUUCUCGUGUCUGAAGAGGACACGAAGAAUCUAAGAGACAAAAAUUCCACCGAAGCUCUGUCUAAACUGGGCCAGAAGGUUAGGAUUGUGAAUGGACUACCUGUUCCUGAUCUGGAUUAA